AGCUGACUCCUCACAUGACGGUGAAGCUCUGUCAUUAGAAGCGGAAUAUUAUUAUUGCUUGACCGUUUCUCGGUUAAUUCUCCGUUUUUAGGACGCUCCACGAUGGCCGGCCGCGGGAAACUGAUCGCCGUUAUCGGCGACGAGGACACAUGCACCGGUUUCCUGCUUGGUGGCGUCGGUGAACUCAACAAGAACCGAAAACCGAAUUUCCUGGUGGUGGAGAAGGACACGAGCAUCACCGAGAUCGAGGAGACGUUCAAGAGCUUCUUAGCGCGCAACGACAUCGGCAUCAUCCUCAUCAACCAGUUCAUCGCCGAGAUGAUCCGCCACGCCAUCGACGCCCACAUGCAGUCGAUCCCGGCCGUGCUGGAGAUCCCGUCCAAAGAGCAUCCGUACGACGCGUCCAAGGACUCCAUCCUGCGCCGCGCCAAGGGCAUGUUCUCCGCCGAGGACUUCCGAUAAACCACGAGCGCACUGAUGAUGAAUAGAAACGUCCCCGAUGUGUUGUUUUCUGUACCAAUAAGUGAUCUGUUGAUGUGUGAUCGGUCAUUCCUCUUCACUGUUUUUGUUUCCAAAAGGAAACAUUUGACCCUCAGUUUUUCAGGAAGUUUGUGACGUGUCAUGUGACCAAAAACUUCCCCUGGAAACCUAUUAAAAAUGGAAGUUGCUUGUUUGUUUGUGGAUUAACUUAUAAAACUGAUAUGUAAUGUUGAAAAUAAACAAUGUUUAAGUGGAAAAUAA